UGUCAUUUCAUUUAGCAAUUGAUGUGUUGAUUUCAAGACAAAAUAGUGUUAUUUUUGGACCAGAAUUUAUUGAUGAUUAUAAAACCUUGUAUUGUUAAAGAAGAGCUUCGAUUACUUUCUAAAAAAACUAACUUGUGGCAGUGAAGUGAAAAUGAUUGUGAAUUUAAAUUAUUGGAUAUCAUUAUUUUUUAUUUUGCCUCGUUUUGUAGCUCCCGAAGAUGGCUCAAUAUACGAAUAUACUCCUGAUAAUUUUAGGGGACAAAUUGAAGAUAUGGAUGGAAAUUUUAUAAUGUUUUAUGCUCCAUGGUGUCGUCAUUGUACAGAAUUUCAGCCAAUUUGGGUAGAACUAGCCGAACUUAUAAACACAAAAGAUUCUAAAUUCGCUAUAGCUCAAGUAGAUUGCACGCUGCAUCCUAAGUUGUGUCAAGAAACUGACAUUACAGGUUAUCCUACUUUACUGUACUUCCACAAGAAUUCAUUCUCUCCUGUUGAAUACAAGGGUACCAGAGAUUUACCGUCAUUGACAUUGUUCCUUAGUGAAGUGUUUGCUAUGAAAUCUGGGGUCAAGGAGACAGAUAAAACUAAUGAAGUUAAGAUAUACAGUGGCAUGGCAUACUUAACAGACCAAAACAUUGAAAAAUUUGUAUCUAAAGGCCAACAUUUUAUUAUGUUCUACAUGCCUUGGUGUAAAACAUCACAGCGGUUGGCACCGGUAUGGGCAGAGCUAGCGGUGCAUUUUGCACACAGUGAAUACUUACAAGUGGGCAAAGUGAAUUGUCUGGACAAUGAGAUAACUUGCAAGAACUUUGAUAUCAAACAAUACCCACGUCUCAUGUGGAUAUUCAAUGGACGAGUUAUGGGUGUUUCUGAAGUGGAUACAUUAGAAGACCUCAAGGCUUACGUAGAUAGGAUGGUUCUGGCUGAAAAUCACGAUCCGGAUAAAUUUAUGAAGAAAAAGAAGGCAUUGCCAGUUGCCAGGAUAACUGAGGAGACAUUUGAAACGUUUUUGGAAACCGAUUUAGUUUUUGUGAACUUUUUUGCACCAUGGUGCGCACAUUGCAUGCAACUCAAUCCUUUAUGGUUGAAGCUUGGUGAAAAAUUCCAGAACGAGAGCAGAGUGUUGAUCGCCGACAUCGACUGCGUGAGGUCGAAGAAUAUUUGUGAAAUGGAAAAGAUAAGUGGUCUGCCUACUUUAAUUUUAUACAAACAAAAGAAAAUAGUCAGCGUAGAAAACGGCAGCAAGCCACUUGACAAUCUCGUCAACAUGAUCAAAGAGCAUUUAGAUGAGGAAGGGACAAAUAAAGAAGAAAAAACGAAUGAAGAUGAAAUAAUUUUAACCAAAGACGAAUUAUAGUUGUGAUCAUUAUAAAUAAGUAGAUAAAUAAAUUAUUUAUUACAUUA